AGCCACGGAGAAUAAUCUGACCGUGGAAACAUGCUGAGACUCUCGGACAGGAGCAGCUCCAAAACCAACAGCCGAAUCCUUCUGGACGCCAUCUCCAACGACAAGCUGCACCUCACCAAGUUCAUCUUAGACGCUCUGGAUGGGAAGAUCAUCGACUCCGAGAGCGAAGGUGCGCAGACGCCUCUGAUCUCCGCCGUGUUUCUGCAGGACUCGGGUGCGAGGUGCAGGUUUGUGAAUCUUCUGCUGCAGAGGGGUGCGAGCGUGAAUCUCCCGGACGAGAGCGGACGCACGCCGCUGAGCUACGCCUGUGAGAUGGGACACCUGGACACGGUGAAGAUCCUGGUGAAGAGCGGCGCUGACCCCGAGGCCGCGGACGCUUGGGGAAACACUGCGCUCAUGUACGCUGCUGCGGCCGGACACGCACACGUCCUGGAGUUCCUGGUGCGUGCUUUCAAAAGACUGGGUCUCCAGAUCGACCGGCAAAACAAGGUGGGCAACUCUGCGCUGGAGGUGGCCAGGUAUCUCGGACACAAGGACUGCUUGCAGGCGCUGCGGAGUCACUCCAGGAGAGUCCACGAGGAGGAUGAGGAUGAGGAUGAUGCACUCGCUGAGAAACUUUCCACAGUGAACAUCAGCGAAGAUGAACAUCUUCAGAUCCGUCCAACAAGAGCUGCCCCUGAAGAAGCGAUGCGGCCUUCCGUCGGCUCGAGCCGCAGUCGAUCCCUCGGUGUGCGGAAGAGAAUCCAGUCGAUGGACUCCAUUGAGGAAUAUGAGAGAGAAAGUGAAGCUUCAUCAGCGUUAUCACCACCAGGCCGGAUGUUCUCCGGUGUUUUAACCCCAAAACCUCCUCAGCAGCUCAAACACAGAGAACAUCCGUCCCCCUGCCCCAACAAUCACCUGCCUCCGUUGUUUUAUUCACCCAGACCCUCCAAAAUGCCCUUGAGUUGUGCGCCCGCUUCCACAUCUGGUCCUCUUGGCAUUUUAUUAAAUCCUUUCAGCAAAAAUGCCAACGAGGAUCUUAACAAAGCCACGAAACUGGCGUCGGACUUCCCCAUCAGAAGGUUUGAUGACAGUUACUAUCAGAAGAGAUGCAGUUUGCCCACGAGCUGUCUGUCGCUGGCGGCUCCGGAGCGACUCAAGCCUCUGCGCAAAAGUAAAACCGCGGUGAAAACCGUGGUGAACACAGAGCACUCCUCCGGAUCUCUGAGCUCCUUCAGCGGGAGACUGUUGAGGAGAUUCACUUUCCCAGAGUUCAAGAGGAGCAGCCGAGAGUCGCCGCAGGGUCCAGAAGCUCCCGCGUCCUGCAUCCCGAGGUCAGAGACUUUUCCUCUGGGAAACAAACAUCCUCAGGUCGGGAGCAAGCCGAGCAUCGACAGCAUCAGCGCGGUCAAGUGUGAGUUUGACUUUCAGUUCAGAGCAGCUCCAGAGACUGACCACACUCCCACCGCGGUCUGGGAGGAGCACUAACUCUAACAAUGGGUGCCGUGCCAGCAAACCACAUAAGAGCUUGGAAUAUAGC